AUGCGUCCCAACGCCUCACAGAUUUUAGGCAGGACCAGUGUUGGAGGCAGCUGUUGGAACCCUGCCUUUGCAGCUUUGCUGCUCUCCCUGUGUCUUGGCUUCCCUCCCUCUGUGGCCACUUGCCCACCCUACUGCCUUUGUGCCAGUGAUAUAAUUUCCUGCAGCGGGUGCAAUCUGUCUGCGCUGCCCUCUGAUCUCCCAAGCUAUGCCACACGGUUGGACCUAAGCCACAAUGUCCUUACUGACCUGUCCAUGGACUGGAUUUCCCGACCGUUCGACCGGCUUGCUACACUGAUUCUCAGCCGAAACUCCAUAAGCCAAAUUGAGGUUAAUGCCUUCACUGUGACGCCACAUCUCCUCCACCUGGACCUCUCUUCCAACCGACUAACAGUGCUAAACUCAUCCAUUUUUACUGGGUUGAAGGAACUGAAAGAGCUGCUGCUGUUUGGAAACCAGAUCAUCCAGAUGAACCCAGGGGCCUUCAGCGAUCUUUACAGCCUGCAGAAGCUCUACCUCUCUGGGAACAGACUGACGGCUUUCCCCCUGGGGCUUUAUUGGGAACCCGGAGGGCCUCGUAAUCUGACCUUUCUCGAUCUGUCCUACAACAGGCUCUCCAAGGUGCCCGUCCAGAGCCUGCUAUCUCUCACCCAGCAAAGUGGAAUUUAUUUGCAGGAAAACCCUUUGGUCUGUGACUGUGCUUUACUCGCCUUGCAGGAGUACUUGAUGUGGAAACAGUAUCGCCCUCUGGUGGAAUUCAAAGGUGAAUACCCAUGUAGAGACAAUUCAGGACCAUGGUCUGAAUGUAGCCAGGAGGUAGUUUCAGAUAUUCCCCUUGAGGCACAGACUUACCAAGUAGAUCCUGGUAAAUGGCUAAGAGUGCCAUGCCCAGGGUUUUCCUCUCCUGCCCAGGAGGGGUUGGAUUGGUUCUGGGUUACCCCCAAGACUGUGUUGAAUUCAUCAACCAAUGAUCCAAGUGCCCACCUAACAGUUUUACCCAAUGGCACCCUUGAAAUCCAAGGAGCCCUGAUGGAAGAUUCUGGUAUGUAUGGGUGCGUAGCUGCCCGUGGGCGCCACUAUGACCCCAACGAGUCUCCGGAAGUCAGUGUGGUGGUCGGAAACUUAAGCAAGGCCUCCACCAGCGGCUUGGCAGACAGAAGCGGCGCCGAGCAUUUCAACACAGCAUUCACCACCCUGGCUUCCUGUGUGGUCAGCAUCAUACUGGUGCUGCUCUACCUCUACCUCACUCCCUGUCGAUGCCGGGAAAACCGGGGGUCGAGAGGGUGCGGCGGACGAGCCUUCAUCCUCUGUUCAGACCCCAGAGAGGUAGAGUCAGGACAACUGAGGUCAAAUGGGAAAAGGGUGGCUUUCUUAGAGCCUCAGACAGAGGACUCUGGUAUUGGUAGUCCAAAAACACCAGCAAUGCAUUUGGGUCAUGUUACCACUGAGGGAAUUCUCAAGAAUGGAAGUAGGACAGUGGGACUGUCCCUUUCAGACCCUGCUCACAUGGCAUAGCAAGAAAACAACCUUUUGCACAUUCCUGUAUUCUGACAGCCCGAUCCAAGUGUUUUGUUUUCACUGUCUUGUUUCAGUACACGAUGAGAAAAUCCAUUUCAUGUGAAGUAGUGUACUUGGAUUCUUGUGAAGUAGUUAUGCAUUGUAGGGUUCUGGUGUUUGGUCUGAGGCAGAAAAUGCAGUCCUUUGGUAGGCAGAAUUUCAAAUAUGUCUCGAAUGUAAGUGGUGUCUGUUUUUUACAUUAAGAGUUCAUAUGGAAAUCUCACUGUUACCGCAAGAAAUUGUUAUUGCAGGGAUCACACAGAUCGUAUAAACGUGGGUGGUGUUUUAAAUUGGGCUGAGAGGAAUAUUCACACCUGAUUUGAUAAGCUGCUAGAGGCAUUGAUAGUCAUUAUACUCUGUAUGUUUUGUGAAUACUGCCAUCACAGUGACCCUUUGUAAUUUUCAACCACCUGUCUCGUACUGUGGAUAUUUUUUUUAAACA